AUGGUGGAGAAUCUUGACAUUCACACGGAACGACGUCUUCUUCGGAAUCUCGAAAAGCAGCAGAUGAAGCUCAACAAGGAAUACUUGCAGGAAUUCGAGAAGGUGAACGCACAUGUACAAGAUUUCGCUGAAAAAGUUCGUACCAUGCACAGAAUAUGCUCGGAUUUGACCAAUCGCAUUCAGCAAAAUAAAGAGAAAACUCAGGAUCUUCUCAGUAAAACGAGUGCUUUGCAAAAUCAGAAAAAACGUUUGGAAUCUAAGCAGAAAGCCAUAGACGAUUUCCUUGGGAGAUUUUCCCUAAAUGAACACGAGAAGAGGGCGCUCGAAGGAAAUACUAAAGAUGGCACAAUUACAAGCGACUUUUUCCCUGCCCUGGCUCGUGCCCGUGAUAUUUAUAUUGACAGCAAAGAGCUGCUGCGUAGCAGUGGAGAACACUCAGCGGCUGUGGAGAUCAUGGAAGAAAUGUCACAGACACUGGAAAGGGCCUACGAAGUACUGUAUCGAAGUAUACAAAGAGAAUGCCGCAUUCUGAGCGCGGACUACGUUGAGAUGAAAGCUGUGCUUUGCCAGUCGUUCGCCGCUUUGCAGGAGAGAGAAGUUCUAUUAAAAUAUGCUCUAGAUGAGGUUUGCACCGCGCGAAAGAAUCAGAUUUUGCGCCUGUACAUUGAUGCUCUCACUAAGGGUACUCAUAGCAAUGGCAAACCUAUUGAACUGAUGAGCCACGAUCCGCUUCGGUAUAUGGGUGAUAUGUUGGCAUGGAUAUACGAGGCAUUAGAAGGAGAAAGGGAACUUUUGCAGAUGCUGCUUAAGGAGUGUAACCCUCAAGUUAUUCGAGAGAACCUGAUGAGCCUUCUUUCGCAGAUUUCGAGUGCCCUCUGCCGACCAUUCAAGCUCCGUGUUGAACAGGCACUGGCCGGAGAAUCUGAUUCCGUUGUGUUGUACCGCCUUUCUGCUCUCUUCAUAUUCUAUUCGGAGAAGAUGACACCCCAAAUCGGUGCUGAUUCGGAAUUGGCGCGUACCGUUGAAGAACUCAAUCAACUGACACUGAACAUAUUUUACAGUGGACUGAAUGGAGCUGUCCAGAAAAUACUCUCCAAGAUGGGUGCGCCGGAUUAUGACUUGCUGCCCGUUUCGGCUGUGCAUCAAAUUCUGAUGCUUUUGAGGGACGUAUUGGAAACUCAUGACGGCGCGAUCGCCUCUCGCCAAAAUGCUGAGGAAGAGUUCAACAAGAUUUUUGGUUGUGUAUUGGAUCCUUUGUACAGAUCAGUCCAAGUUGCCGCCACCCAUCUCCACUCUCCUCUAGAUGUCGCUGUAUAUACGCUGAACUGUCUGUCAGCAAUAUACUCUCUGGUCAUUCUUUAUCCAUUCACCGAUUCUCGACUUGAAAUGAUAAAAGCUUUAAUGGAAGGCAAUGAGGAUGUUCUGGUGUCUGUGUCUGAAGAAUGGUCCUCAGCCAUCGUGCCAAACACCGGCUGA